AUGAAGCCCUGCGCGCGCCUGUCCGGCCUGUGUGGCCUCGCCGCACUCGUCGCGGGUGUCGUCGCCAUCAGCUUCCUCGCGACCCACGCCAGCGCCAGCGCUGUUGAUGGUGGUGAAGUUGAUCUGUGUGCCACGAAGGAUUGUGGGGAAGCCACGUGCACUGUUGAUGUGGACUUUGGGGCCGACUGCGUGUGCAAGGAUGGAUUUGUAUUCGACGAAGGCCACAAGACGUGUGUGGACCCGUGUGCUGGCGGGGUGUGUGGGGUAGAGGCUUCCUGCACUGCUCUCGCUCCUACCGAAUUCUUUUGCUAUUGCAAAGGCGGUAAUAGCUUCAACGAGGCGGACAAGACGUGCUUUCCCCCGCUGGCGCGGACGACGGUGGCACUGAAGGCAAGAGGCUUCGGCCUGACGGACGCCUCCUUCUUGUCGCCGCUGCCGGCCGAGCAGGCCAGUGCCGCUCGCACCACCGUGUGCGGCAACCUGGACAUCAUGCUCGAAGGCUCCACCAAGAUCUCUGUCGUGUGGAAUGCCUCCAAGCCCGCCUCGCAUGGCGACGACUCGCCCAGCAGCGCCAUGUGCAAGAGCCUGUCGUUCUACGCCGAGUCGUUCUGCACGAAGAAGCUGGGCUUUACGAUCGCCCGGCCUGCAAAGAAGGGCAGCUCCUAUCCCGUCACGAUCAAGAAUGUCAAAGGAAUCCGUUCGCUGUUAUCAGUUGGCUGCGAGAUCACCAUGUGUGAGAAUGACUGUGGAAGUGCUCAGUGCGUUGUGAAGGAGGGCCAGCCGCAGUGCCAGUGCCCCGAGGGCCUCGUGUUCAACGCCGCUAAGAAGCGCUGCCUCGACCCGUCUCGUGCUCCUCGUAGGCGGCCCUAG